CAAAGUUAACACUCGUAAACCGCUUUCCGUCAGCCUCCCGCUGCGGGCCAGACCGGAGCCCAAACAUCGGACGACCCUCGGAGAACAGAGUGGCAGUGCUGGAACUCGGUUCCGCUUGUCCGGUUUUUCACAUGAUUGAUUGGUAGGGGUCAUGUGACGCUUCUGGGUGACGUCUGUCGGUCCCUGUCCCUAUCAUUUGGAGGCGCAUACAUCUGCCUCUCCUCUCAAACAACCCCAAUCCACUCCAAUCCACUCCAAUCCACCUCAGUCACAAUGUCCUCCUUGUCCUCCCCUUCCCUCCUACAACAAGCCCAAUCAUUCCUCGACCCCCUCCUCCCUCCUCCAUCAUCAACACCCACAAACCCCAGCUCAAACCCCUCAAAACCGUUCCUAACCCUCACUUAUGCCCAGAGUCUCGACAGCAAGAUCGCACUCCGCGGACGUCCGCUCUCUCUCAGCGGGAAGGAAAGCUUGGUCCUUACUCAUCUGAUGAGAGCGAGACAUGAUGCCAUCCUUGUGGGCGUAGGGACUGUACUGGUCGACGACCCCCAGCUGAACGUCCGCCUCCUCCCUCCCUCCACUCCCACCUCCACCAUCUCAACCUCACCCUCACCCCUCUCCACCCCCACUCCAACCAACCCCAGCCCAUCCCCCGCACUUCCCUCCUGGCCCUCCCCCCGUCCAGUAAUCCUCGACCCCCACCUCCGCCUCCCCUCCCACUCCCGCCUCCUCACCAACCUCGCACAAGGCGCCGUCCAGCCCUGGAUUAUCUGCGCUGCUCUCGAACUCCCGGACCCGGCACACCCGGAACUCAAGGGGAGGAAGGCGGCGCUCAGCGAGCUAGGGGCGGAGGUGUUCGAGGUGCCUUUAUUAGCCGACGGCCACCUCUCCCUCCCAGCGGUUCUGGACCUCCUCUACUCAAAAGGCAUUCAAAGCCUAAUGGUAGAAGGCGGACAACGCGUUAUAACCUCCUUCCUUGCCUCAGGCCUCAUAGACCUCCUCAUCGUCACCGUCGCGCCUAUCCUUGUCGGUCCAGCAGGUAUCGGGUUUGUGAGAGAGUCCCCACUAGGCACGGGCACGGGAGGGGUCGCAGGGGGUGCGGGAGGGGCUGGGGAGGAACUGCCUUGGGGAAAGAUGAGAGGUGUGGCUACGCAGGUGUUUGGUAGGGAUGCGGUCAUGGCGUUGAUCCCUCAUGGCGUUGAUCCCUGA